AUGAGGAAGACCGCGAAGAGAAGACGAUCACCAACCAUCGCACUUUUGACCGAGGAAGAGCAGCGGGUACUGGCUCGUCAAGUGCUCGACGAACAAGACUUCAACCAGCAGCAGGUUCUGGAUGAGCAUGCCGAAGACGCCAGCGGACAGUCGCUGCGUGAUUUGCGCAUCUCCGUCCCAGACUUCAUCAACAUGUAUACCAGCCCUUCUGGCCCAGAUACGUAUGUCCAAAAUCGCAAGAAGGCAAUCCGCAAGGAUCUGAAGGAGCUGGUUGGCAAGCCGCUCUUUGACGAGUAUGACCCUGAAAGGAGCAUGCAGCGGCCUGACAAAAAGGACAUUGCUGUUGCUAUCAAGGAGGAUACUCCAAAUCGGUAUGAAUUCUGGAGAGAAGAUGCUGCAGAGGAGAUGCUGGGCAGAUUGAUGCCCAACAAGCGCAGCGGAGAAUGGAAGAGAAACACGCCAGUCGACAAGCGUAACCUUGACCAGGAGCGCGUCAUCAUGAUCGACACGUUUGGUGUCUUUGUAGUCACGGCAGGUGCCAAGCACCGCUGCAUCAAGGUGCCCAAAAUUCUCAAUGUCGCUGGCUCAUACGCAAUUAACGCCAAAGCCGGCAGACAAGCUGUAUUCGAUCUGGCCCAGGAUCCGCACUUCGUCGUCGCAUACCACAAACUCAGUCGUCCCGAUAUCAAGCACGAUCAGACGCUGGGUAACAUCGACAGCACCUUCAAUUUGACUACAUCUCUCUCAGCUGAGGCCUCAUCCGUCACAGAACAAGGCCUUACGGAAGACAAGCUUCACCAUCUCCGACAAUCCCAACGAGAACACUGCGAAAUUCUUCAUGGACCAUGCCCCGCCUCUCCUCCUGGGUCUCCGCCUGCGCCUGCAUACAACUGCGUGGCGUGGUCCGACUAUAGGAAUAUCAUUGCCAGUGCGCUGGGAGACAUCCAGAAAAUGCUGGAGGCCGGCCAAGAUCCGGCCGCCGUGCUCAGUGCUGAGGGGCAGGCUGAGGCCGACACAAAGUGGAGAGAGCAGAAGCCCCUGGAGAGAAGGAGACAUCGGCUAUCCGUACUGAAAUCAACUCGAUACGACCUUCAAGAGCACAUUCGAAGUCAAUGCGCAAGGCUUCCACUGCUUCUACCGCCCACAGUGCCUGGGAUCAAAGAACUGGACCCAAGGGAACCGGAGAAGCUCUUCUUGAUGGACGUGUCGGUGAACGAUGAAACGUCUGAUGAAGGCACCAUCUUAAAUCUCCGGCAUAAGGAGGAUGACUCGGAGAAGCUGCUUGUUGUCGUUGUUGGCGACCAGAUAGCAAUGGAGCGUUGUCGCAAGAGUGAAGCCGGGAACGAACGGCGUGAGUGGUUGUCGUUGAACCGUGUGUUAACUCUGCUCCGCACAUAUUACCCGAAAAGCGAGCCGGGCCAGGAGCUUGCUCGCUCCUUCUUCAAAGAUGCGCAACCCCCAGGUCUUCCAAACUCUGAGUGUGAUGAAAAGCAGUUUUCAAUCGUUGCCAUGUUCUCCGAUGAGUCAAUGAAGCGUAGCUCUCUUGGUGACAUCGCUGGCCAUUCAAGCUUGCUGCACAAGAAGACCUGGAUCCACAAGAAGGCUCUACCCCGCCAACGCUUUACCAUCGUCCCAGACAAUGCCUUUAUUACUCAGAGCCGGUUCCUGAUCGACAACUCGGUAGAUAGAUGUCGGCUACUUUCGCUUUCUCGUCGACUACAGGAUUCCAGCAUCUACGGCAGAGAGAUGAUGUGGUUACAUUGCUUGCUGACCGACGGCAUCGCUGAUCUGGAGGUACAGGAAGCUCUCCGUGGAACUGCCGUUUGGAACAUUUCAGGCAAUUCUGUAGAGACGUACAACUCGGACUACUCACUAGACAUGAAAGCCUACAUGACCUCAACUCACGAGGUCAUCGCUGCUACCGUUCGCAGGUCUGCCCUGAAACGCGAGUACAAGGAUUUCCUUCGUAGUAUGUUUGAGCCAGGCAUUGGCGUCACCAGUACCAAUUCGCACUCGGCUGAGAACAAGCCCCUAUGGCGUGAUGAUAUUGGGAUCGAGAAGUUGGUUUAUUUUGUAAAGCAGGUCAGCCAUGCCAACUACGCCGGACUUGUUACGGAUCAUGGUGAUCUUGAGGAUGCGGUGCUGAAUCAAGAGGUGGCCGAGGAGUACGGCCUAUGCCUGCGCAAUAAUGCGGGUGCCAUGGGCGGAGGCAGAGGCUUGGAAACUAGUGCAACCGAUGAUCACAAGCAACGUGUUGACAACUUCACUGGUCCUCGCCAUCACUCUUCUGCUGCCGACAGACAUCACCCGCGCCUUCAGCACCUCGGCUUCGCCGUCGCCAUCAUGAAUCCUUUCCCAGCAGCCUCCGAGGAGAUUGAUGAUGCCUUCUCCGGUGUGUUCCACCUCACUGCAGCAGAUGAAAAAGUGCUGAUGCUUCAGACAGAAAAUCUCCCUGCUCUUGAAGAAGAACGAACGACGCUCCAGCCUUUGUGCUACCACCUUCACGCGCUCGCUCUCGGUUCGACUCACCACUCGAAAGAGAGAUGGCGAAGAUCCAAUGCUGGCCUAUUAAAGGCAGCAAGCAGCAGCAGUAGCAUCACCUCGUCCUCCCCAACAACAUCAGCCAGCUCCAGCUUAGAGUCCGCCGCUGCCGAAGAAGAAAGGUGGGCUGCAAAGUCUGACGAGAUGAAGAGUCUACAUUCGCAUGCUGGAUGGAGAUGCUGGCCAAAAGACGGCCAAAUAGCCGGAGAGUAUCCCGAAGAAUGCAAAAGGAAGUAUGAUUGUCGCAACAACACCAGAAAGCACCACUCCGGCCUAGCUACCACGCUGAAAACCCUACACGACAAUGCGAGCGCCAUUGCCACUGUCACACCUACGCGAAGACGCAUUACGAUUGGGCUGAGACUAAGAAAGCUCACUGACUUCUGCGCGCCACAUAUCUUACCUAUCUCUAACAGGCAGUGGGCGAACGAGAGCCGGAGGCAUUACACCACGAGCACAUUCUCAGGCGCUGCUGCUUGUCGAAGAACUCUUGCAUCGACGCGUGUAUUGACUCUGAAUCAUACUGCCUACCGCCUCUUCAUGCUCUUGAUGUUCCAAUCGUCCGUCUCAUUCUUGGAUCGUACAGUCGGUGUGUGUAUCGCGUUGCAUCUCGCAUUCUCGUCAUUGUCGCGUCGCGUUGAAGGUGUUAUUCGCACCGUGUCAUCGCGCGCUCAUCUCACCAAGUCCAGUGUCGUGUCGCAUCUUGAGGCUUCGAGGUAUUCUGCGCAUGCGCCAUCGGUGGUGGUAUUCGUCCUUCUCCGCGCAACGUUUCGUUCGACGUCGGCAUCGUGUAUUCGUGGAUGGGGUUUUUGGGAAUCCGGGAGAUCUCGAGAAGGCAUUCUUGCACUCGAAUUGCUGUGUUUCGACACACGCGCUGAAGUCUAA